AUGGGCGUUCGAUUAUCGGACGAGAUCUCUCCUGACCAGGUCAACUAUGGCCAGCUGCAGGUCACUUUCGAAGAUGGCUCUGUAGGCUGGUAUGAUGCAGGCUGGGGACCCAUGAUUUCCGAGACGGCAUAUUUCGUCAAGGCCGUCUUUGGGCCGCGGGGCCAUACAAGGACUUCUCGACUCCGCAUGAACCACGUCUCUGAUGGAAAGGACAAGAUGCUUUCCAUGUCUGGUGAGCAGACCAUUAUGGGCUUUGCGCUUUCGAACAGCAGUAUCUACUUGAGACAAUUCUCGAAGCCCGUAACUUAA